AUGGCGCUCUUCCACGUUGCGCGGUACGCGGGCCCCGAGGCGGCCGGGGCGGAGGCCGAGGCGGACGGCCGGGCUCGCGCGCUGCUGGAGCGGCUGCGGUGCCGGGCCCGAGAGCGGGAGCUGCAGAAGCAGCCGCCGCAGCAAGAACCCUCGGAGCCCGCGGAGGCCGCGCAGACCGCUCAGGCGGCGGGGAAGCGGCGACGGCGGCCGCGCAGAACGCGGAGGCGCAAGAGCGGCGGGGCGCCGGGGAGCCCGCACGCACCUCCCUGCAAGCGGCGGAAGGCGGACGACGAGGAUGAGGACGCGGGCGCAGGUAGGGCCUCGCGGGGCGGGGCCCUGGACUCGGGACCGCGUGGGGCUGACGCGCCGCCCCGCCCCCGUUUCUGCCGCGCAGAGAGCAGCGAGGAGGCGCCGGCGGGGAACAGCGUGGGCGCCGAAGCCGCGGGGUCGCCGGAGGGCCAGGGCGGACCGCCCCCCGAAGAGGCUUCUGGUCCCCCAGCCCACGCCCUGGUGCUCGGGGGCUUCGGGAGGAGCAAGGCGCCAAAGGUCCAGCCUUUCCUGCCAGCGUGGCUGGCUGAGCCAAGCUGCGUUGGAAAGAGUGUCACCGAAGGCCUGGUGCCUAUUGAGGAUAUCCCGGAAGUCCACCCGGACCUGCGGAAGAGGCUGCGGGCUCAGGGCAUCUCGUCCUACUUUCCAGUGCAGGCAGCAGUGAUUCCCGCUCUCCUGGAGAGCGCAGCCAACGGGUUUCUGGUAAGCAGAGGCGGCUACCGGCCUAGCGACCUCUGUGUGUCUGCCCCAACGGGCAGUGGGAAGACACUGGCCUUCGUCAUCCCCGUGGUGCAGGCCCUGCUACGGCGAGCCGUGUGCCAGGUUCGGGCCCUGGUUGUGCUGCCGACCAAGGAGCUGGCCCAGCAGGUGAGCAAAGUGUUCAGCGUCUACACAGAUGCCACUCCUCUUCGGGUCGCCCUGGUCACCGGGCAGAAGUCGCUGGCCAAGGAGCAGGAGAGUCUCGUGCAGGACACAGCAGACGGCUUCCGCUGCCUGGCAGACAUCGUGGUGGCCACCCCUGGCCGCCUGGUAGACCACGUCGAGCAGACCCCAGGAUUCAGCCUCCAGCAUCUCCGCUUCCUGGUCAUCGAUGAGGCCGACCGCGUGAUAGACAGCAUGCACCAGGCCUGGCUGCCGCGGGUGGUGGCCGCGGCCUUUCCCAGUGAGGGCAGUAGGGAUCCCUUUGCUUUGCUCCAGAGAACACAGCCCCGGGCUGUGACUGCAGCCAGCUUCUGCUGCCCCCAGAUGCCACUGCAGAAACUACUCUUCUCAGCCACUCUGACCCAGAACCCCGAAAAGCUGCAGCAGCUCGGCCUCUACCGGCCCCGGCUCUUUUCCACGGGGUCGGUGCACGGGGGCCUCAGAGACCCCGACGUGGACGUGGCCGGGGACUUGGGUGGGAAGUAUACCUUCCCUGCGGGGCUCACGCAUCGCUACGUGCCCUGCAGCCUCCGUCUCAAGCCGUUGGUCGUCCUGCACCUGAUCCUGGAGAUGAAUCUCUCAAGGGUCCUGUGUUUCACCAACUCCCGUGAGAACUCCCACAGGCUCUUUCUGCUAGUCCAGGCUUUUGGGGGCGUGCGCGUGGCCGACUUCUCCUCCCGCUACGGGCCUGGCGCUAGGAAGCUGAUCUUGAAGCGCUUUCAGCAGGGGAAGAUCCAGCUCCUCAUCAGCACCGACGCCACGGCCCGCGGCAUCGACGUGCAGGGCGUGCAGCUGGUGGUGAACUACGACGCCCCCCAGUACCUGCGGACCUACGUGCACCGGGUUGGAAGAACCGCCCGCGCCGGAAAAUCCGGACAGGCCUUCACGCUGCUCCUCGAGGUGCAGGAGAGGAGGUUCGUCCGGAUGCUCAGGGAAGGCGGGGUGCCCAGGCUGGAGCGGCACGACGCCCCCAGUGAGCUCCUGCAGCCGCUGGUCCCACGGUACCAGGAGGCCCUGUCCCAGCUGGAGAGGGCCGUCAGGGAGGAGCAGAGGCAGAAGGCAGCCUAGGCCGGGGCUCUGCCCUCGUGGUGGGGGAGCCGCCUCCUUUCUGGAAACAUCCCGAGCACCGGUUGCUGGACGCACGAGCAGGAGACGGGGAUUCCUCAGCUGAGCGAGCCUCGGUCCCCAAGCACGCUGCUGCCCUGGACACAAGGCUCCGGCCCAGGCCUGAGACCUUCCAGGGGGCACAAGGUCAGCCCCCUGUCGGGUGGUCUUUCUGGAAGCAAGUCUCCAGUGAAACUGUUUACACUCCCCCGGAGCUGACGGGGUGGCGUCUGCCACGUGUUAGGCUGUAAGUUGGGGAUCAGCCUUGAGGUACCUUCAGGAAUUCAGUUCUUCUAACAGCGUAAGCCACCACCCUGUGUGGGAGAGGUGGCCCUGAGUCCCUCGCUGUUGGGGUGAACGGCCGGCUGCUAAGUAGCCAUUCCCCGCAAGGCGUCACAGAGACCGGAGGAUGCGCUGCGAGGUCAUCAUGGCUGUACUUCACGAUUAGUCAUCGCGUGUGUGAGACGAGUGUCCAGGAAACAGGCUUCAGAGCACUGACCGCCGUCUCUGAGAAAGCUUCGUUUCCAAGAGUCACGUGUUGACAGAGCCUUAAUGGGAAUGAACCGCAGCUCCUUGUGUUGGCAGAAUCACCACCAUGAGUCCUGGCGUCCCGUGUGCUCGCUGUCGCCCGAGUGGACGUCAUGGGGCAGAGUGGGCAGCUUACGGGAGAGCACGCGGACCAGGACUCGGGUCGCACCAGCCCGGACCUCUCGGGGCUGUAAACGCACCCUGCAUACCGAACCCGCUCACAUUUCAGUCCAGGCUUCGCACGGGACCCGGGGGGCGGCACAGCCAUGCACAGCCUCUGAGAGGCGGCUUCCCAGUCUGUGGAUUGUAUCUCAAUAAAGCAUCUGUUUAAAAACACAUACGGACUUCUUCCCUGGUGACGCAGUGGUUAGGAAUCUGCCCACCAAUGCAGGGGACACAGGUUCAAACCCUGGUCCGGGAAGAUCCCACAUGCCGCAGAGCAACAAAGCCCGUGUGCCACAACUACCGAGCCUGCAUUCUAGAGCCCACGAGCCACAACUACUGAGCCUGUGCUCUAGAGCCCACGAGCCACAACUGCUGAGCCUGUGCUCUAGAGCCCGCGAGCCACAACUACCGAAUCCUGUGUGCCUAGAGCCCGUGCUCCGCAACAAGAGAAGCCACCGCAAUGAGAAGCCCGCGCACCGCAACAAAGAGUAGCCCCCGCUUGUCGCAACUAGAGAAAGCCCCCGUGCAGCAAUGAAGACCCAAUGCAGCCAAAAAUAAUCACGCUUGUGUCAGAAGACGGGAAGAGGCCCAGGCAGGUGACUGAAGACAACGGCUGAGCUUUUAGAAGUUUCGUAAUAUUGAUAAUUGCCAGCAGAACAAAGAAUUCCGAUGUCACCUUUACUGAGCAUUGCGGAGUGGCCGGGCGCGUGGGGACAGGAGAGAAGCUGCAGCGUGUGCGGAGGCCCCGAGCCUGCCCACGGGUUCCGGGAAGAGGUUGAAGUGGAGGCUGGGGGCUGGGAGCAUGCAGCCACUCAUGGGGGCACCGCAGGCGCUGCCGCUGCCGCGGGAGACUGAGCAGAAGCACCUCGGCUGUGGCCUGUCCCGAGCCUUCCUGCCCCUCACUUCCGGGAGGGGGGGCCCGGGAGUAGCAAAGUGACCACUAGGCGGAAACGACAUUGCCUGCUUUCGCCCUUCACUUUGAACUUGGGAGAUACAGGGCCUCCCCUGCACCUGCUGGGUCUCUGGGGCCUUGGGCAUCUGGGAGACGGGCGGUAGUGGUGUCUUCAAGGCAGGCUGCGGUGUGCAGGUCACUUUGCUGUUGGGUUUCAACAGCGACUUGCUGGGCAUUUAUCUGGAAAAGAAGACGACUUCAGAGAAAAGCGAAGUAGCAGGAAUUAACAGCGUGUAAGCCAGUCACUCAUACUGCAAAACAAACUCAUAGAAAGAGAGAUCAGGUUUGUCAUUACCAGAAGCAGGGGGAUUGGAUGAGACGGUCAAAAGGUACAAACUUCCCUUUAUUAGGUAAAUAAGUAUUAGGAAUGUAAUGUACAACAUGACAAAUAUAACACUGCUGUAGGUUACCCAUGAUGUGUAUGAGAGCUGUUAAGAGUAAAUCCUGAGUUCUCACCACAAGGAAAACAUUUUUUUUCUAUUUAAUGUUCUAUCUGUGUGAGAUGGCAGACGUUCGUUAAACUUUGAUAAUCACUCCAUGAUGUGUAAGUCAGGUCAUUAUGCUGCACACCUUAGACGUAUACAGUGCUGUAUGUCAAUGAUAUCUCAAUAAAACUGGGAGAAAUAAGAAGCAAA